AUGAAUUCAUCAUUACUCUUGGAUCGUUUGCUAAACUUUAAAGAAACAUCAUCUCUAAUAAUUAUUGAAGAUAAAAUAAUACAAUCUGGUUAUGUGCUAUUAAAGGAAUUUAUUAAACGCACAAAUUUUAUUGAUGAUCAUGCAACCAUUUUAUUAUGUGCAGAGCAUUCACCCGAUUGGGUUUUAAAAGAUCAAUCAUUAAGAAAUGAAAAAUUUAUCAUCAUAGACGCUUACACUUUUUCGAACCCUUACGAAGUGAUUGACGAUGAACAAAUAGAGAUUCCUUUAAAACAAUACACGUGUCAUUUUAUCAAAAAACUUGACGAUUGCCAAGCUAUAUUCAAUUUAAUCCAAGAAAUUAUAACGAAAUUAAAGAGCCCGAAAUUCACUCUCAUAAUAGAUUCGCUUGCACCAUUUCCCUCCGAUUCGAAUCCAUCAAUCUUUAUACUCUUAAAGAAAUUAUCCAACUUGACAUCAGGCAACAGAUGCGUCGCAGUAUUUCAUUCAGAUAUUCCAUCGUUAUCGAGAUCCCACAUAAGCAUGCGAAAUUCAAUAGCACAUUUAGCAACCACCAUAAUAACCGUUAAGAAUUCGAAGCGAUUUCACGCGGAAACUAGUCAAGGAUUUUCGUUUCUUUCUGAUGACGAAGAGAUAAUAACAAAAGAUAUAAAUUCGUUGGAAAGUGCAGUCUGCUCGAUAGAACAUAAAAAAAGAUCGGGAAAAGUGUUGCAUGAGAUUAAUUCUUAUCAGAUUAUGGAUAAUUUGAAAGGAGAAUUUAUAAUAAAGUUGCCGGAUCCUACAAACGCGAAUUUACUUUUCAAUUUGAGUCUAACGGAAAAGCAAAAGGUGGCAAAAAAUGAAGUUGUUCUGCCAUACACCAAAAUACAAGAACAAUACGAGAGUCAAAGUACACCUUCGGCCUCAAGUGGUUCUGGAGUAAUUUAUUAUGAACCAGAUGAAGGGGAUGAUUUCGACGAUGAAGAUCCCGAUGAAGAUUUGACUAUAUAA